GCUGUGCAGACAACGCCAGCGGCACUUUGUUCAUCUCUGACCACAUACUCUCACUUACUAAUAUCACAUGAUAACCUCAGAUCCCGCAUAGGGUCCGCACAGGCUCUGUCGAGCCGAGUCUCGCCUCUCUUCUUAAUAUCCCACCUCGGUUCCUCCCCAUCUCAACUCUUCCGUGGCUUCACAGCAGACGGCAGACAUGGCGCAUCUUCAGCAGCAACUCAAAAAUUUUAACGCAGGCGUCAUGGACUACGCAAAGUCCAUGCCAGCCCAGCGACGAUUCGUCCACAACACCUCCGCGAGCACUUCCCAAGUCCCGUCUGCAACAUCGACGCCCACUCCUGGUGGUAGCAACGAACAGAAGAAGAAGCGCCACGAUGUGGACAUCGUAUACUCUCAGCCUGCGAAUACUGGAACCGGGAAGGAUAUCAUGACGCAGGUCGUCUUCGCUAUUGAACAUAUGAAGAGCAAAGGUGUACCGCUUACGUUCAACGAUAUCGUCUCCUACCUCUCAUUGCAGCACCGGGCAAAUGACCAAGGCUAUGUUCAGGCGUUGCGCAGUAUCCUGCAAAUGCACGAAAAGGUUCAAUACGAUCCUAGUGGGGCUAAUGGAGAGGGUACAUUCAGCUUUCGUCCGCCGCAUAACAUCCGCACUGCUGAGCAGCUGCUCCAAAAACUGCAGUCACAAUCUACUGGGGUAGGAAUGAGCGUUCGGGAACUCCGGGAAGGUUGGCCCAAUGUCGAGGAUACGAUUAACAAAUUGGAGAAGGAGGGUAAGCUGCUCGUUACGCGAAACAAGAAGGACGAUCAUGCGAAGAUGGUCUGGGCCAACGAUCCUUCUCUGAUCCAGCACUUCGACGACGAGUUUAAGCAGAUCUGGGAGAAGAUCAAAAUACCUGAGCAGCAGGUCGUCAAGGAGGAGCUAGAGAAAGCUGGUAUCACUCCAACCAACAAAAACAAGGUCAUCAAGCCGCGGCCAAAGGUUGAACAUAAAAAAGUGAAAAAGCCUCGUCGCAGCGGAAAGACUACCAAUACACAUAUGAUGGGAGUUCUGCGUGAUUACUCGCAUCUCAAGCGGUAA